ACCGGAACCCACAACACAUCGUAUCACUAGCUAGCGUGCAGCUGCGGCUAGCUACCGCACCGAACGCAGCACGCGUGCGCACCGCCACCGGCUACCAUGAGCUCGCCACCCCAGCUCGCCGCCGGCGACGGCAAGGGCCUCGUCAAGGCCGUGUACCGCCGCGUCGUGGACAACUUCCUUGCCGUCGUGACGGUGCCGCUCGCGGCCGCCGCCCUCGUCGCCGCGGCGCGGUCCGGGCCCGACGGGGAGCUGGCCGCCGGCCGGCUCCUCCGGGAGGCGCGGCCCGUGCACCUGUUCCUGGCCGCGUUCCUCCCGGCCGCGGCGGCGACCGUGUACCUCAUGCUGCGCCCGCGCACGGUGUACCUGGUGGACUACGCCUGCUUCCGCACGGCGCCCAACUGCCGCGUGCCCUUCUCCACGUUCCUGGAGCACGCGAGGCAGGUGCCGGCGCUCAACGAGCGCAGCGUCCGGUUCAUGACCAAGCUGCUGGAGCGGUCGGGGCUCGGGGAGGAGACGUGCCUCCCCCCCGCGCACCACUACAUCCCGCCGUACACCUACUCCACCCUCGACGCGGCGCGCGGCGAGGUGGAGCUCGUCGUGUUCGGGGCCCUCGACGACCUGUUCGCCAAGACCGGGGUCAGCCCCGGCGCCGUCGACAUCCUCGUCGUCAACUGCAGCCUCUUCUGCCCGACCCCGUCCUUCGUCGACAUGAUCAUCCGCAGGUACGGGAUGCGGGAGGACAUCCGGAACGUGCACCUCGCCGGCAUGGGGUGCAGCGCGGGGCUCAUCUCCGUGGGGCUGGCGCGCAACUUCCUGCAGGUGGCGCCCCGGGGCGCGCGCGCGCUGGUGGUGUCCACGGAGACCAUCACGCCCAACUACUACGUCGGCACCGAGCGCGCCAUGCUCCUGCCCAACUGCCUCUUCCGCAUCGGCGGCGCGGCGGCGCUGCUGUCCAACUCCCCGGCCGGGGCCCGGUUCCGGCUCCGGCACGUCGUGCGCACGCUGACCGGCGCGCAGGACGACGCCGCGUACACGUGCGUGUUCCAGCAGGAGGACGAGCGGGGCAACGUCGGGAUCAACCUGAACAAGGACCUGAUGGCCAUCGCCGGGAACGCGCUCAAGGCGAACAUCACCGCGAUCGGGCCGCUGGUGCUGCCGGCGUCGGAGCAGCUGCUGUUCGCGCUCUCCUUCAUCGCGCGCAAGGUGCUGAGCGGCAGGUUCCGGCCGUACAUCCCCGACUUCAGCACGGCGUUCGAGCACUUCUGCAUCCACGCGGGCGGCCGCGCGGUGAUCGACGAGCUGCAGCGCAGCCUGGCGCUGUCGGACGAGCAGGUGGAGGCGUCGCGGAUGGCGCUGCACCGGUUCGGCAACACGUCGAGCAGCUCGCUCUGGUACGAGCUGGCCUACAUCGAGGCCAAGGGCCGGAUGAGGAAGGGCGACCGCGUGUGGAUGAUCGGCUUCGGGUCCGGGUUCAAGUGCAACAGCGCGGCGUGGGAGUGCAUCGUGCCGGCGGCCACGGCGGAGGGGCCGUGGGCCACGGCGAUCCACAGGUACCCGGUGGACAUUCCGGACGUGCUCAAGCACUGACGACAGUCACUCUGCUGCCUUCCUUGGGCACCAACAUGUCGCCGAUAUAUCCUAUCCCUGUGGAAUAAUGCAUGGAGCCCUGCUGUGCAAGUACAGGCCUGCUCGCUCGAUCUCCCUAAGAAUUUGUUUACUCCGAUCGAUCCCUAUGUAUCACUGUAGUCUCUCUAGAGUGUAGUACCUAUACGUGUGCGUGCGUGGCAAAGCCAUGAAACAGGAGUGUGUGUGCGCCCUCUCAAGUCUCAACCUGUUGUAACCAGUAACUCUCACUGUCUUUACUCUGCAGUAGGUUGUUGGCCCGGCCUAGUGGACGACCGACGACGCUGCCGGACGUAUUAACUACGGUCAUUUUCGUUGUGUAUGAGGUGGUUUAUUUGCAUUGCUUUUGGAUAGGAUGGAAAGGAGUCUCAUUCACUAAUUGACUAUAAGUAUUGCUAUAUGAGAGGUUACUUAAAACCAGUGGUGUAGCCAGAAUUUUAGAGUUGGGUAUUCUCAUUUGCUAACUUAAAGUUUAGUUGAACAGUAAAAAAGUUCAAUAUAUGUCAAUACCGAUAAUCGAAUAAAUAAAGGUUCAGGUUGCUAGA